AUGUCUAGUUCAAGUAGCUCGAGCAGCCCACAAGCACCAAAAACUCGCAUCAAGCGACCACGCAACUCAUGGUUGGUCUUCCGCGUUGCCCGAUGGAAUGUAUGGAAGAAAGCAAACUUGAAGCCCGUGCUGCCUCAGCCCAUCGUCAGCAAAAUCAUCAGUCUCGAGUGGCAAUCGAUGUCGGAUGAUGAGAAGCUGCAUUAUAAGAGGGAGGCGGACAAGCUGGCCGCUGAGCACCAGCUUAACCACCCUGGGUAUUCCUACAAACCGAGACGCGAUGCGAACGCGAAGAAACGAAAGGCCACAGUUGACGAGGAGAAUGUUGCCCCGGAUGGAAAAGUUGGAAAGUCCAAGGCCAAGUCUAAUGGGAAGAAGCAGAAGGCUGCGAUGCUCGAGAAGAUCGUCGCAUCCACUUCUGUCUUCCAGAAGGCUAUUGAGACGAGAGUGCGUGAGGUGGACGAGUCAGUAGCUCAGGCCGGUCCGAGCAGCGAGGCUCGUACUCCCAUCGGUAAUCAACCGCGUGCGACGGCUAGCGCAAGCGAUGGUGGUGACGCGCCAAUCACGCAAAGGACUUCGCCAAUCACCGACAAACCUCAGAGUGGCACCGAGCAGAGAGUUGUUUCGCGCGGCAAGAAGCCUUUGACUACAUCAACGAGAUUCGAACCACAACUCUCAGGGGAGACCACCUCCUCCGAACGUCCUUCUACAGAAUCGACCCAGCAUCCAAUCGAAUUCUCUUUUGUUUUCGAGCACUGUAGUGUGGACACAGGUGUCCAUCAGCGCUCUAACCAGCCAAAGGCUAUUGUCGCCCGGCCCACCCCACGUUAUCCCACCAAUUAUUCCAAGCAAUCAUCGACUCCACAGACGGCCUCUCUCAACGCUUUUGACACCACCCAGGAGAUACCACUUAUUAGUGGCGGACAACGCAUUGACGAGACCUCUUCUCAACUCCAACACGAAUUCACCUAUUACCAGCUCACCCCCACUGCGACUGCAUACGUUCAACAACAACGAUCCGUCAGUCAGCCUACCGUUUCCACUACCAUUCCUUCUCGGCCUAAGGCGCCGCUUCCCUUUGCACGAGCUGCGAGUGCUCCCUCUCGCGUUACAGUGGACAACGCGUCAACUUUCUCCGCUGUCGGCACAGGCGUACAGCCACAGAACCCUGCCACGCUCACGAGUUAUGGUGACAACACUCGGCUUCAAGCUCUCCAGCAGUAUGGCCAUGAUACUAGUCCUCUUCUUGCGGAGCAAGCUUCCAUUGGACAGGGCGCCCCUUCGGCCGGCUACCUCGAGGCACAAGGCGCUGUCGGUGGCACCGGCGCUUACUCUGCUGCGUUCGACUCAAACUCUGCUUCUGUUUCGACGGGGGUCCAACAGUCGCAACCUGGUGUCGCGUACACCGACAACUUCAAUCUUACUCAAGCCGUUCCACAGCAACAACUCAACGUUGACCAGUACUACGGCACGAACGAUUAUGGGGAGCAAUAUCGCAUCCAGUCCGCCCCUCAGCCUAUCCAGCCUAUUCACGACGAGGCGUCGACUUCCGGAGUGACUCUCAAUUCACAGAUUCAAACUCCCAUCCUCGAUCCUGCUUACCCAAACUCAAUUGGGUUCGUCCAACCACAAGACAGCGUCACAGACACCUCUUAUUCGAAUUCUACUCCUCAAAUCCAUUCCCAACAGCGGAUCAAAAAUCCGGAACUUGUAGCUCCCCUUCAGCCUAUUGGUAGCUCAUUCAACUUGAAUUACGCCGGCUUCUCCACGGACGAACAACCUUACAUCAACCACUACUCCAUGCACCCUAUGGGGCUCGGAUACAACCAUUGUGCUUACCAGCCUCUCUCUCAGUACGCCGAGGACAGCAACGGCUUCCAAGUUCCCGCGGCGCAGCCCGGGAACUACAAUACCUUCACUGCUAGCGGCGGUACUACUACUAGUACUACUAAUACCCAGAAUCCGAUGCACGGAUUCACGCACGAAGAUUUCUCGCUGUUCCAGACCGCCACCGAGUACUACUCGAACCUCGGAGAGGAGCUUAACGAGGAUCGACUUGACGACUUCCUAUGGAAGAAUUGUUGA